CCAAUAUAAUUUCAGUCUCAUCUACAAGCUAAGCUGAGUGUCAUGGAGCCUGUCGAUGAUCUGGAAUCGAGACAGCAAGCUCUCGAGCCUAUUCAAACAAAGAGGUCCGCAGCAAGAGAAGUAGAAGGAAAUGGCGAAAAACCUGAGGAUAUAGAAGAAUUAUUAUUAGAAGAAGAAGAAGCUCUGAGUCCAGUUGCUCGAAUUUUUCAUGAACCUUGCUUGAAUGUCUAUGUCUUAGCCAUUUCUGGGUUCAAAACCAGAAUCGAUGUUGAUGUUGUUAAAGCCAAUUUGGGACACACUCUACUUAAGCACCCUCGUUUCUCUAGCUUGCAGGUAAAGGACAUGAAAAAAGAUGGAGAGAUGAAAUGGGUUCAUACAAAGGUGGACUUGGACAAGCAUGUGAUAGUACCAAGACUCCACACCAUUGAUUCACCAGACAAGACUGUGGAAGACUACAUCUCCAAUCUCAGUAUAACCUCCAUAGACUUCUCUAAGCCUCUUUGGGAGCUUCAUAUUCUCAACAUCAAGACCUCGGAUGCCGAGUCUAUCAUUGUUCUCCGAAUCCACCACUCCCUGGGUGACGGCAUGUCCCUCAUGUCUCUUGUCCUCGCUUGCACCCGUCAAAUCUCAAACCCGGAGGCUCUCCCAACUUUGCCAGUAAAGAAGACCUCGAAUCCUGAUCCGGUAAACUCUGGCAGGAUUUGGUGGACAAUUCAACUGAUUUGGAAUACUAUUAUAGAUGUUUUGAUGUUUGUGGCCACAACGCUCUUCCUGAAGGAUACCAAGACGCCACUCAACAGUGGCCAGAAAAAGGGAGGUGUGGUUGGGCCAAGGAGGUUUGUUUAUCGAACCGUUAGCCUUGAUGAUAUUAGACUAAUCAAGAAUGGGAUGAAAACUACUAUUAACGAUGUUGUAAUGGGAGUGUCACUGGCUGGUCUUUCUCGAUAUCUCAAUAGAAGAUAUGGUGAGGCCAAGGAAGAUAAAGGAGCCACAGAAAAGAAAAAUAAUCUUCCUAAGAAUAUUCGCCUUAGGGCAACUCUUAUCAUGAAUGUAAGACCAUCAUCAGGGAUCCAUGGUUUAGCUGAGAUGAUGGAGAAGGGGUCCAAAGCGAAAUGGGGAAAUAAGAUUGGAUUUGUGCUCCUCCCCUUCAACAUUGCCUUACGGGAUGACCCUUUAGAUUAUGUUCGCCAAAUAAAAGCCACAAUCGAUCGAAAGAAGCAUUCUCAUGAAGCUAUGCUCACAUUUUUCAUUAUUAAGAUGGUUCUCAAAUUAUUUGGCACUAAGACUGCAGCAUUUUUACUCCACAGAGUUGUGAAUCACACAACAACAUGCUUCUCAAACAUAGUUGGACCUGUUGAAGAAAUUAGUUUUUUUGGUUAUCCAAUGGUUUUCAUUGCUCCAACUGUUUAUGGUCAACCCCAUGGAUUGAUGAUUCAUUUCCUAAGCUAUAACAACAAAAUGACACUUGUUUUUUCAAUUGAUGAAGACACUAUUCCUAAUCCUCACCAGCUAUGCGAUGAUUUUGAAGCUUCAAUUAAGCUCAUCAAGGAUGUUGUCAUAGCAAGAGGGCUUGUUAAGGAAAAUUCCACCAAAUGAGAAUGAUUAUAUAUAAAUAUAUAGAAAUACACCAAAAACACAAUUAAAAUUAUGUUACAUCUGUAUGAGUUGUGAAGGUGUGUGUUUCUAUGGUCAUUUGCGCAUUUAUGAUUACAUGUGUUUUAUAGAUCUAAAGUAGAUCAAUUUGAAAGAAGACAUCUAAAUGUAAAUUAAGGGUAAA